AUGGUUCAGAAAGGUAAGGCGGUGGUGGGGACGUCUCAAGUGGAGGUUGAGGCGAGCCCAAACUCGGGGCCGUCUGAGGCUGGUUCCGAAGCCCCUGGCUCAGUGGAAGAAACGAGAAGCAUCGGGGUGGAACUAUCGGGCCGCAGGAAAUUCAUCAGUGGAGUCGUGGAGGGUGAGCAGAACAUAUUAUAUUGAAAAAAGCACGUUGAUUUGCUAUAGCUAGUGAUUUUCGUGUUAUGAUUUUGAUGCAUAUAGGAUUUGCAGACUAGUUAGAUGCAGAAAGAAUGCCAGAAUAAUUAGAGAAUGAUUGUGAUUAUGCAGGACUCUUAUUAACACUGUAUUGUGCUAUUAACAACUACUCAAGGUCGAUGGCCCAUCCUGGAUGUUGUUAUUUUUAAAUCGAUCAGGGCCUGGUUUCCCAAAAGCAUCUAAAGGCUAUCAUUAGAAACUUCUUAGGAGCAUCUUAAAGCUGCAAUAUGUAACUUUUUGGGCCACCUGACCAAAUUAACAUAGAAAUGUGAGUUAUAGAUCUGUCAUUCUCAUUGAAAGCAAGUCUAUAAGAAGCGAUCGUGUGCAACUGCAGCCCACAAUUCGGGGUGUUCCGGCAUGUGGGCAUUCCUGCAUCUGCAGGAACGCCCCUCUCCCGGAGCAUCCCAUUGGUUCCUUCAUGAACACCCCCCCUCUAGCCUCCCAUUGAAUGUAUUAUCAGAGUUUUUGCGCCUCCCGGAGUCCUCCUUGUUAGCGAGCGGGAGCGACACCAGUAGACAGGGUUCUUUUCUCCCGCCUGCCGAACACCUGCACUCACUGUCAUUAACAGAAAUGUGGGAAAACGGUGCCUGAUAGGCGGGGGUGAAAGGACACUGUCUACCGGUCGCGCCGCACGUCCCCCCGUCCCCCCCCCCCCCCGCUAGCACGGGAGGCUGGGGCGACACCAUGUGUUCACUAACUAUAGCACACAGUGUCACCCCUGCCUCCCGCCUGCUGUGUACCGGACUAGCUGGCUAAGCUAGCACACAGUGUCCUUUGCUCCCGCCUGCCGAACACCUGCCCACGCUGUCAUUAACAGAACUGCGAGAAAACAGUGCCCGACAGGCGAGGACGAAGGACAGGGUCUACUGGAGUAUGGCUACCUAGCUACCGUUGUGGCCCCCCCCCCCUCCUCUCUGUGGUUUAUCAGUGGCUGGCAUACAAUGUUUAUUGUACAUUAACACCACCUACUGUACUGGAUCGCUCCCACCUCCCGCCUGUCCUAGCUUCAAAAUGUACCAAUAGAGAAGUAUAGAGGGGUUCCUGCAGAUGCAGGAAUGCCCACAUGCAGGAACGCCCCGAAUUGCAGGCCACAAUUGCACCCUUCUCCUAAGAAGUGGUAGAUCUGUUCUAUGUGAGCAAAUAUUUUUUUUUAACGUCAUUUAGCAGACUUACAGUUAGUGACUGCAUACAUGUUUGUUUUUUAUACUGGCCCCCCGUGGGAAUCGAACCCACAACCCUGCUCUACCAACUGAGCUACACAGGACUAUUUCUUAGCUUCCCUUUUAAGUUUUGUACACCAGCUUCAAACAGCUGAAAAUACAAUAUUUUUGGUUAUGGAAAAUACAUUUCACAGCGCUUUAGAUGGUACAAUGAUUCCCUACACUAUACUUGCUUGUUUUGUCACAAACUGAAAUUAGGUGAAGCCAUUAAUGUUGUACUUAAAUGCUCGUAAUCUAACGCCUGAAUCAGACCACUCGUAGAACAGCGAAGUGCGUCGCUAGAUGCUUUUUUGCCCUCCUGUGUCACUGUAUACACAGAAGAUCUCACCUAAACAUAGAAUCACAUGGUUUAUCCACCUCUCAGAUUUUUUUUUGUAAUGACAGUAAAACAUUGAGUAUAACAUUUGUUGGCACCUUCAAUUCUUGCACAUUUUCUAAUAACAAGUAUUUUUCAACACUCUGCCUACUAAACCAACCAGAACUCCCGUACAUACCCCUCGUGAUGAAGGCAGCCAAUGGCCUGCUUCUAUCUACGAUGUAAACAGUCUCUUGUGAAAACGCUAGCUACUCUGCGUUAGCACACUCCACCAACCCUGAUGUUCUAGCAGUGUCUGAAUCAAGGCUUAGGAAGGCCACCAAAAAUUCAGAAAUGUCCAUCCCCAACUACAACAUUUUCCAUCUAGAUAGAACUGCCAAAGGGGGCGGAGUUGCAAUCUACUGUAGAGAGAGCCUGCAGAGCUUUAUCAUACUAUCCAGGUCUGUGCCCAAACAGUUUGAGCUUCUACUUCUAAAAAUCCACCUUUCCAGAAAUAAGUCUCUCACUGUUGCCGCUUGCUACAGACCCCCCUCAGCCCCCAGCUGUGCCCUGGACACCGUAUGUGAAUUGAUUGCCCCCCAUCUAUCCUCAGAGUUCGUACUGCUUGUUGACCUAAACUGGGAUAUGCUUAACACCCCGGCCAUCCUACAAUCCAAACUAGAUGCCCUCAAUCUCACACAAAUGAUCAAGGAACCUACCAGGUACAACCCUAAAACCGUAAAUAUGGGCAUCCUCAUAGAUAUCAUCCUGACUAAUUUACCCUCUAAAUACACAUCCGCUGUCUUCAACCAGGAUCUCAGCGAUCACUGCCUCAUUGCCUGCGUCCAUAAUGGGUCCGCGGUCAAACGACCACCCCUCAUCACUGUCAAAUGCUCCCUAAAACACUUUAGCGAGCAGGCCUUUCUAAUUGACCUGGCCCGGGUAUCCUGGAUGGAUAUUGACCUCAUUCCGUCAGUAGAGGAUGCCUGGUUGUUCUUUUAAAAGUGCUUUCCUCUUCAUCUUAAAUAAGCAUGCCCCAUUAAAAAAAUUCAGAACUAAGAACUGAUAUAGCCCCUGGUUCACCCCAGAAUUGACUGCCCUUGACCAGCACAAAAACAUCCUGUGGCGUACUGCAUUAUCAUCGAACAGCCCCCGCGAUAUGCAACUUUUCAGGGAAGUCAGGAACCAAUAUACACAAUCAGUUAGGAAAGCAAAGGUUAGCUUUUUCAAGCACUAACACCAAAACGUUUUGGGACACUAAAGUCCAUGGAGAAUAAGAGCAUCUCCUCCCAGCUGCCCACUGCACUGAGGCUAGGAAACACUGUCACCACCGAUACAUUUCAAUAAGCAUUUUGCUACAGCUGGCCAUGCUUUCCACCUGGCUACCCCUACCCCGGUCACCAGCUCUGCCCCCCCCUGCUUCUCCUUCACCCAAAUUCAGAUAGCUGAUGUUCAGAAAGAGCUGCAAAAUCUGGACCCCUACAAAUCAGCUGGGCUAGACAAUCUGGACCCUUUCUUUCUAAAAUUAGCCGCCGAAAUUGUAGCAACCCUUAUUACUAGCCUGUUCAACCUCUCUUUCGUAUCAUCUGAGAUCCCCAGAGAUUGGAAAGCUGCCGCGGUCAUCCCCCUCUUCAAAGGGGGUGACACUCUAGAUCCAAACUGUUACAGACCUAUAUCCAUCCUGCCCUGCCUUUUGAAAGUAUCUCACCUGCCUCAACGACGCACUUAGCGAACGUUCUCUCUGUGUUGUGUAUUGAGAAACAUAUGUUACAUCUUCGGCCGUUGUAGGAACGAUGCAUCGUUAAAACACUCGUUAGCCAAAGUUCCAUCGCUAUCAGGAAACCGGGCCCAGCUUCGAUAAUGGCUUCUGCAGAAGCUUGAAAUGGGGCCCUAGCUACAGUUGGAGUCAUUAAAAAUCGUUUUUUUCAACCACUCCACAAAUGACUUGUUAACAAAUAAUGGUUUUGGCAAGUCGGUUAGGACAUCUACUUUGUGCAUGACACAAGUCAUUUUUCCAACAAUUGUUUACAGACAUAUUAUUUCACUUAUAAUUCACUGUAUCACAAUUCCAGUGGGUCAGAAGUUUACAUACACUAAGUUGACUGUGCCUUUAAACAGCUUGGAAAAUUGCAGAAAAUGAUGUCAUGGCUUUAGAAGAUUCUGAUAGGCUAAUUGACAUCAUUUGAGUCAAUUGGAGGUGUACCUGUGGAUGUAUGUCAAGGCCUACCUUCAAACUCAGUGCCUCUUUGCUUGACAUCAUGGGAAAAUCAAAAGAAAUCAGCCAAGACCUCAGAAGAAAAAUUGAGGCUCAGUAGUGCUUGAAGUCUGCGAUGCAUCGACAUUACCAGAUGCUGGGUAUCUUCCCUGGUGAUGCUCUGCCAGGCCUGUACUGCAGCCAUCUUCAGUUCCUGCUUGUUUCGGGGACUUAUUGCCUUCAGUCUCCUCUUCAGCAUGUAAAAUGCAUGUUCAAUUGGAUUCAGAUCCGGUGAUUGACUCGGCCAGUUAAGGAUUUUCAACUUUUUGGAUGAAGACAAGUGAGCCUGUUCCACUGGCAGCCAUACAGGCCCAAGCCAUAACACCCCCUCCACCAUGCUUCACGGAUGAGGUGGUAUGCUUUGGAUCAUGGGCAUUUAUUUUCUCCACACUUUCCCCUUUCCAUCACUCUGGUACAUGUUCAUCUCUUGGGGCUCUUUUUAGGUGCUUUUUAGCAAACUGUAAUCUCGCCUUUCUGUUCUUCAGGCUUAUCAGUGGUUUCAUCUUGUAGUGUACCCUCUGUAGUCCUGCUGGUGUAGACUUCUACGUACAGUGGGGAGAACAAGUACUUGAUACACUGCCGAUUUUGCAGGUUUUCCUACUUACAAAGCAUGUAGAGGUCUGUAAUUUUUAUCAUAGGUACACUUCAACUGUGAGAGAUGGAAUCUAAAACAAAAAUCCAGAAAAUCAUAUUGUAUGAUUUUUAAGUAAUUCAUUUGCAUUUUAUUGCAUGACGUAAGUAUUUUAUCACCUACUAACCAGUAAGAAUUCCGGCUCUCACAGACCUGUUAGUUUUUCUUUAAGAAGCCCUCCUGUUCUCCACUCAUUACCUGUAUUAACUGCACUUGUUUGAACUCGUUACCUGUAUAAAAGACACCUGUCCACACACUCAAUCAAACAGACUCCAACCUCUCCACAAUGGCCAAGACCAGAGAGCUGUGUAAGGACAUCAGGGAUUAAAUUGUAGACCUGCACAAGGCUGGGAUGGGCUACAGGACAAUAGGCAAGCAGCUUGGUGAGAAGGCAACAACUGUUGGCGCAAUUAUUAGAAAAUGGAAGAAGUUCAAGAUGACGGUCAAUCACCCUCGGUCUCCAUGCAAGAUCUCACCUCGUGGGGCAUCAAUGAUCAUGAAGAAGGUGAGGGAUCAGCCCAGAACUACACAGCAGGACCUGGUCAAUGACCUGAAGAGAGCUGGGACCACAGUCUCAAAGAAAACCAUUAGUAACACACUACGCCGUCAUGGAUUAAAAUUCUGCAGCGCACGCAAAGUCCCCCUGCUCAAGCCAGCGCAUGUCCAGGCCCGUCUGAAGUUUGCCAAUGACCAUCUGGAUGAUCCAGAGGAGGAAUGGGAUAAGGUCAUGUGGUCCACUCGCCGUGUUUGGAGGAAGAAGAAGGAUGAGUACAACCCCAAGAACACCAUCCCAACCGUGAAGCAUGGAGGUGGAAACAUCAUUCUUUGGGGAUGCUUUUCUGCAAAGCGGAUAGGACGACUGCACCGUAAUGAAGGGAGGCUGGAUGGGGUCAUGAAUCGCGAGAUCUUGCCUCAGUAAGAGCAUUGAAGAUUGGUCGUUGCUGGGUCUUCCAGCAUGACAACGACCUGAAACACACAGGCAAGGCAACUAAGGAGUGGCACCGUAAGAAGCAUCUCAAGGUCCUGGAGUGGCCUAGCCAGUCUCCAGACCUGAACCCAAUAGAAAAUCUUUGGAGGGAGCUGAAAGUCCGUAUUGCCCAGCGACAGCCCCGAAACCUGAAGGAUCUGGAGAAGGUCUGUAUGGAGGAGUGGGCCAAAAUCCCUGCUGCAGUGUGUGCAAACCUGGUCAAGACCUACAGGAAACGUAAUUGCAAACAACGUUUUCUGUACCAAAUAUUAAGUUCUGCUUUUCUGAUGUAUCAAAUACUUAUGUCAUGCAAUAAAAUGCAAAUGAAUUACUUAAAAAUCAUACAAUGUGAUUUUCUGGAUUUUUGUUUUAGAUUACGUCUCUCACAGUUGAAGUGUACCUAUGAUAAAAAUUACAGACCUCUACAUGCUUUGUAAGUAGGAAAACCUGCAAAAUCAGCAGUGUAUCAAAUACUUGUUCUCCCCACUGUAUGGUAGACUUUGACACAUCUACACCUGCAUCCAGGAGAGUGUUUUUGAUAUGUUGGGCUGUUGUCAGGGGGGUUUUCUUCACCAUGGAGAGUAUUCUCCGGUCAUCCACUACAGUGGUCUUCCUCGGUCUACCGGGUCUUUUGACAUAAUUGAGUUCACCGGUUUUUUUCUUCUUCUUGUUAAUGAUGAACCAAACUGUUGACUUGGGCAUGGCCAGGGUUUUUGCAAUGUUCCUGUUUUCAUUUCUGAGCGUUAUGACGGCCAGCUUCAUUUGCAUCGACACUGCUGUCUUCCUCAUGUUGUCACACCCCAACAACAACCUCCAAAGGCAAUAGCAAAGUCUAGAAUCGAUACUAUUCAUCAACAGCUCUCCUGCAUUGACUAACGACACAAAUGAAUACCCCUGCCUAACGACACAGAUCUGUGUAGCCAAUUUAACAGAUACUUAAAAUGGGGGGACCAUGUACAAAAGGUGCUGUCAUUUCUAAACGGUUCAUCCGAUAUGUAUGAAAAUACCCUCAAAUUAAAGCUUACAGUCUGCACUUCACCCUCAUUGUCAUUGUAUCCUUUCAAACUCAAAGUGCUAGAGUACAGAACCAAAAUAACAAAACAAUGGUCACUGUCCAAUGAAUUAUGGAGCUCACUGUAGAUACUUUUGUACCUGUUUCCUCCAGCAUCUUUACAAGGUCCUUUGCUGUUGUUCUGGGAUUGAUUUGCACUUUUCGCAACAAAGUACGUUAAUCUCUAGGAGACAGAACUCAUCUCCUUCCUGAGCGGUAUGACGGCUGCGUGGUCCCAUGGUGUUUCCACUUGCAUACUAUUGUUUGUACAGAUGAAUGUGGUACCUUCAGGCAUUUGGAAAUUGCUCCCAAGGAUGAACCAGACUUGUGGAGGUCUACAACUUUUUUUCUGAGGUCUUCGCUGAUUUCUGUUGAUUUUCCCAUGAUGUCAAGCAAAGAGGCACUGAGUUUGAAGGUAGGCCUUGAAAUACAUCCACAGGUACACCUCCAAUUGACUCAAAUGGUGUCAAUUAGCCUAUCAGAAGCUUCUAAAGGCAUGACAUCAUUUUCUGGAAUUUUCCAAGCUGUUUAAAGGCACAGUCAACUUAGUGUAUGUAAACUUCUGACCCACUGGAAUUGUGAUACAGUGAAUUAUAAGUGAAAUAAUCUGUCUGUAAACAAUUGUUGGAAAAAUGACUUGUGUCAUGAACAAAGUAGAUGUCCUAACCGACUUGCCAAAACCAUUGUUUGUUAACAAGACAUUUGUGGAGUGGUUGAAAAACUAGUUUUAAUGACUCCAACCUAAGUGUAUGUAAACUUCCGACUUCAAUAUGUUGUAUGUUUCUGGACAAUGCACCAUGCUGCCUUGUUGACAACAUGACCGAGGUGCGCAGAUUACUGUUCAUUUGAAAAGGGCGCUCCUUCCGCUUUUGGCUAUUUAUGUCACAGGCUAUAGACCGGUGCACCGCGGCUCAGGUUAAUAGAACUCCUUCAAUGGCCGUGUUCGAGUGCAUCAAAACCUUGAUAUAUCUGGGGUAAAUUGUGACUGUCUGAUCUACAUGGAAUGAGUCGUUAUUUAUGUUGCAAUGUGAUUUGUAGAUCAGUCAGUAGGAAGUCGCCUACACUGUAGGCAGCAAUGUCGAACAAGCCCAAAGAGCAUCGCAUCAAGGCAGUGUUUUUCAUUAGCGCUGGCUGUCGGCUAAUCAGCCGGUUACAGACACAUUUUCAGCCGGAUACAUUUUACACUUCUUAUUAACUAGGCUACUUUUCAUUUAAAAGUUUUAAUUCGCUAGUCCGUCGAGCCCUCUUCUGCUGGAAUGAACGAUAUGCAUCUUCUAGCGAUCUAUUGAUAGAAUAGACGCAUGUCAGUCACAAAGCGAGUGAUGACAGAGAAACGCUGCAGAGAGGAAGAGCGGAAGCGAGAGGUUUCACUCUCGCCUAAAUCUGUCCAAAAUAAGCCUUUUUGCCGAUUUAACUGACAAUUUUAAAUAAUGAAAACAUCAGAAAAAGAUGGUCAAUCAUCACUGCAGGAACAAUAAGUAAUGGAGAGCUCCUUCUGGUCCAAAUAUGAUAAUUGUGACCCUCACGGAAUCCUGGCAUUAAAACGGAAUUCAACAAUAUAAAAAAAUAUCUUGACCUUAGUAGGGAAUCAACUAAAUGUAUUGAAAAUGAAUUAAUUUGCCCAAUUUUAUCAUAAUACAUUAACAUAAUGCAUCAGUGAUUCAUAUUUCCUGCAACUUUCUGAAGAGGCAUCAAGAAUGCCCCUGCCUGUGUGUGUGUGUGUGUGCGGUGCGCAAGUCUACCUACUUUGUGUAGCCUUUAGCAAUUAUGCUAAUGUGAACAACCUUCUGGGAGAUGGAAAGGCUUUCCCAAAAACCUUCUCAAUGAAAUUUUAACUACAAAGUAGCAAUGAUAUGACCUGGCAGAAUGAUAUCAUUAUUAUUUUCAUCAAUCCAGUGGGUUUUUGUUUUGCAAACUCUACCAGCACAUGCGCUACAAAAAACACCGCUAAACAACAGCCUCUUGCUAUGUGUGGAAAACACUGAUCAAGGAGGAGCCCAAAGCAACACCUAUACUGUCUUCAGGGCAAACACGUGGCAGCUGAAUGUACACUGCCAGGGGAAUAGAUAAGGGUGGAUGUCUGCAGGCCUGGAAUGUUUGCUGUGUGUGUUAAGGGAUACUGCGAGAUUCUUUAAGUGAAGAUUCUCAAAUGUUUCUACUUACCCAGAGUCGGAUGAACUCGUGGAUACCAUUUUUAUCCAGUCAUUGCGCUCGCUAGUUAGCAUUGGCUCGCGAAACUACCGCUAACUUCCUUCAUACUGCACGUGGAGACAUAGUAUCCACAAGCCUCUGGGUAAGUAGAACAAGGGCUUAAAUGACAAUCUUUCUUAUUUUGUUUGCAACAGGCUUCUACGGCCGGCCAUGGACAAUGGAACAAAGGAAAGAGCUGUUCAGGAGGUAAUAUAAUAGUUAUGUCCAGCAGGCUGGCAUAUGGUGUUGACUAGUGCUCUAUCAUAAUGGAAUCAGUGAAUGUACUGAAGUUUUCAAUAUCAUCAAAUUAGAAGUGGCUUAAAUCUAUUUUGACAAUAUAUUAUAUGAUAAACAAAGCAAACCAUGUCGCACAAAGCAUGUGUUAAUCACAAUAUGUGUUUUUCCCCAGACAGCAGAAAUGGGGCUUGAACACAUACCUCUACGCUCCUAAAGAUGACUACAAACACAGGAUGUUCUGGAGAGAGAUGUACUCAGUAGAAGAAGCAGGUGAGGCUGUCUCAUCAUGGCCAUGGGUUGAAAUGAUUCCUGUCACAUAUACAUACAAAUAUGUAAUAAACAAACCAAGCCUCACAUAUUUCACAUCAAUACUGAGUGAGUGUCACACUGAUGUGAAAUAGUAUCUGUAACUAAUGCAUCUCUCUCUUAUAGAACAACUGAUGACCCUGAUCAGUGCUGCAAAGGAGUAUGGGACCGAGUUCAUCUAUGCCAUCUCCCCGGGCCUAGACAUCACCUUCUCUAACCAGAAAGAAGUGUCCACACUCAAGAGGAAACUGGACCAGGUAACACAACCUGUUUUAAAAAAUGCAUCUCUCCUUCUUCCUUACCUUUCUGCUAAUACCAACUGCUAAUGUGCUGAUUUUUAGGAUUGUGUUAGAGGAGUACUGUCUUAUCUACACCCUUGACUGUCUGCACUCACUCAUUUACCGGAGUCGUAACAUGAAAUUCAUUCUCUCCCUUAGGUGACUCACUUUGGCUGCAAGUCAUUUGCCUUACUGUUUGACGACAUCGACCACAACAUGUGCCCCGCAGACAAGGAAGUGUUCAGCUCCUUUGCCCAUGCCCAGGUGUCUAUCACCAACGAGAUCUUUCAGUACCUGGGAGAGCCUGAGACCUUCCUAUUCUGCCCCACAGGUAACACAUACACCCUGUAUCUAUGUAUGUUGUUACUGAAAUUUGGGCUGAAUUCAAAGUCGAAGGAAGAUAGAGUUCAUGUAUGUUUUUCUUUGUAUUUCCCUAAACCAGAGUACUGUGGAACGUUCUGCUACCCCAAUGUGGCCCAGUCCCCCUACCUGCACACAGUGGGCGAGAAGCUGCUGCCUGGUAUUGAAGUGCUGUGGACGGGUACAGUAGAUCCAAACAAGUUCAUAUCCCACAUGUUUUGGCACUCAUUAGAUGGAAUUAACCUUACUAUUAUAAGAUAAAAACACAGUAACAGACCUUGUAACAUAUAUUUUAAUAUACUUUAUAACUUGCAUGACUCCUACAUCUACAGUUGAAGUUGGAAGUUUACAUACACUUAGGUUGGAGUCAUUAAAACUCGUUUUUCAACCACUCCACAAAUUUCUUGUUAACAAACUAUAGUUUUGGCAAGUCGGUUAGGACAUCUACUUUGUGCAUGACACAAGUCAUUUUUCCAACAAUUGUUUACAGACAGAUUAUUUCACUUGUAAUUCACUAUCACAAUUCCAGUGGGUCAGAAGUUUACAUACACUAAGUUGACUGUGCCUUUAAACAGCUUGGAAAAUUGCAGAAAAUGAUGUCAUGGCUUUAGAAGCUUCUGAUAGGCUAAUUGACAUCAUUUGAGUCAAUUGGAGGUGGAGGUGUACCUGUGGAUGUAUUUCAAGGCCUACCUUCAAACUCAGUACCUCUUUGCUUGACAUCAUGGGAAAAUCAACAGAAAUCAGCCAAGACCUCAGAAAAAAAAUGGUAGACCUACACGUUAAUCUGUACAAACAAUAGUACGCAAGUAUAAACACCAUGGGACUACGCAGCCGUCAUACCGCUCAGGAAGGAGAAGCGUUCUGUCUCCUAGAGAUGAACGUACUUUGGUGCGAAAUGUGCAAAUCAAUCCCAGAACAACAGCAAAGGACCUUGUGAAGAUGCUGGAGGAAACAGGUACAGAAGUAUCUAUAUCCACAGUAAAACAAGUCCUAUAUCGAUAUAACCUGAAAGGCCGCUCAGCAAAGAAGAAUCCACUGCUCCAAAACCGCCAUAAAAAAAGCCAGACUACGGUUUGCAAAUGCACAUGGGGACAAAGAUCGUACUUUUUGGAGAAAUGUCCUCUGGUCUGAUGAAACAAUCAAGACAUCAGUCAGGAAGUUAAAGCUUGGUCGCAAAUGGGUCUUCCAAAUGGACAAUGACCACAAGCAUGCUUCCAAAGUUGUGGCAAAAUGGCUUAAGGACAACAAAGUCAAGGUAUUGGAGUGGCCAUCACAAAGCCUUGACCUCAAUCCUAUAGAAAAUGUGUGAGCAGAACUGAAAAAGCGUGUGUGAGCAAGGAGGCCUACAAACCUGACUCAGUUACACAAGCUCUGUCAGGAGGAAUGGGCCAAAAUUCACCCAACUUAUUGUGGGAAACUUGUGGAAGGCUACCCGAAAACGUUUGACCCAAGUUAAACAAUUUAAAGGAAAUGCUACCAAAUACUAAUUGAGUGUAUGUAAACUUCUGACCCACUGGGAAUGUGAUGAAAGAAAUAAAAGCUGAAAUAAAUCAUUCUCUCUACUAUUAUUCUGACAUUUCACAUUCUUAAAAUAAAGUGGUGAUCCUAACAUGGAAUUUUUACUAGGAUUAAAUGUCAGGACUUGUGAAAAACUGAGUUUAAAUGUAUUUGGCUAACGUGUAUGUAAACCUCCGACUUCAACUGUAUGUGGCAUUAUGUUUCAAGGUCCUAAGGUGGUAUCCAAAGACAUCACAGUGGAGUCCAUAGAGGAGGUCUCUAAGAUCCUGAAGAGAGCUCCGGUAAUCUGGGACAACAUCCAUGCCAACGACUACGACCAGAAGCGUCUGUUCCUGGGGCCGUACAAGGGGCGCUCCACGGAGCUCAUCCCCCGCCUCAAGGGGGUUCUCACCAACCCCAACUGUGAGUUUGAGUCCAACUUCGUGGCCAUCCACACCCUGGCCACCUGGUACAAGUCCAACAUGAAUGGAGUGCGCAAGGAUGUCGCCAUGAGUAAGUCUGAUUUCUGGCACAUUCGGAUUUGGGUAUAGUGAAAUUACACAUAACAUCAUCGUCAUGGGUACGUCUAACCAGGAUGGACUUCAUUUAUUUAUUUGUUCACUUACUUUAUUAGAUGUAUUUGUCAGGGACAUUUAUGUUCUGUAAUGUGCCUGAUUGAGCCAAAAAUACACAUUUCUUAAUGCAGGGAUGUACAGCUUUGGUCCUCAACGACUGCUGUGUGUGUUGGUUUUUAUAGUUGUCCUGAAUCUGAGAGUGGUAUUGCCAAUUAAUGACAAUAAUUGAUCAACAUAGAAACCAAGAGCAGCAGGACAGGACUGUAACCCUUGUAGUCAUCCCUGUCUUAAAGGCUUAGGGUCUUUAGCAGUGUUAUGCAUGCUUGUUAAUCCAUGUGUGAAUUCCUCAGGGUAUCGUGUUGGAGACACGUGUCUAUUUGGACUAGUGAAUAUGUUUGUUUUGGUAUUUAUAGAGUAGAGUAGGGUCACACAAGGUACACGAAAUGGCUGCCCAAGUCUCGUGUCUGUUGGUUUUUAAGAAUGACAGAAAAAUAUGAUAUGGUCUCGAAAGAGGACAGCAUUGUGUCCAUUCAGAUUACAUGGCUUUCAAUUAAAUCCAGUCACAUUAUUGAUUACUCCAAACAGGCCUCUACUUAUCAGUGUGGCAGCCCCCCGCACCUCUCCAAAACCUCUGUGUCUUUCGGAUGGGUUGGGUUAAAAGCAGUAUUCAAAUUUCGGUUGGAUUUUGUGUGCAAUUGACCAAUUAAAGUAAUCUUAUUCAUCUCCCUCUCUUCCUCCUCUUCUCCCUUCCUUCCUCCAUCCUCCUCCCUCCUUCUCUCAGCGGAUGGAGAGGACAGUACCGUGUCUAUCCAGAUCAAGCUGGAGAAUGAGGGCAGUGAUGAGGAGUUAGAGACAGACAUGUUGUACAGCCCUCAGCUGGCCCUGAAACUGGCCCUCACAGAGUGGCUGGGGGAGUUUCUAGUGCCUCACCAGUACAACAGUAAGCACCGUCACCUACCUAUCAUCUAUAAUUUAUACAACGGGUGGGUCUAAUCCUGAAUGCUGAUUGGUUAAAAGCGCAUUCCAGCCGGUGUCUAUUCCACAAGUUACCACCGGCUAAAUCUAUGAUGUUAAAAUGCCUAUUUACUCUGUUCCAUCUGACUGCGCAAUCCACUGUCUCAUCAGCCCAGCCAGGCAUUUUAUAAACUUGAUCUCCACUAUAAAAAGCAUCUAGACAUGAUCUCACAUUUCUUUUAGACUAACAUUUCGUUUUCAACUGCGGAGAUUUGUAUAAACCUUGCUAUCGGUCUCGCCGACAUUUGCAACAUUGUUUCAAUAUUCAAAUUCGAUCUCCAGCUGUCCCAUAGUAAUGAACAUGUAGGGGUCGGGAGUCAGGACUAGACAGAGAGGCAGGCAGCGUUUCUCAGCCAGUCAAAAUCAUGAAUCAGCUGGCAUCAUUUAUAUGGAUAUAUACAAAGAAAUGUAAAUUGAAAAAAGGUCAAACGAAACGAAGUGCAUCUAGUUUGCAGUCUUUCCAGCUUCAGUUUGAAGUUAUUGUAUUAACUGUGUUGUUGGCUAGCUCCUCUGAACAACCGUGUCCUGACGAGAGAGCACAUUUUCUAUGCCAGGCGAAAUCACCCCUCAUUAGCUUAUUGUUAUGGAUGUAUCCAAAUAUAUGUCACUAGAAAACAGCUUAAACAAAUGCAAAUGCAGCUACUGUUGUUAUUCUGUCUGCACUGUUUGACGUGACUGUAAGUUAGCCGUAGUUGGCUAGCUAGCAAGCAAGGGAUAAGAACGUUGCCAGCCAGUAUGGCAAUGGAACAUUUAGAAUGAAAGACUGGGUCGCGUCCAUAGAUACAGAACAAAAAGACUGAACGACUGGGUCGCGUCUCUGUCAACAGAACCAAUAGAACGAACGACCAGCUGGCUUGGUUAGCAACCCUAGAUUUGUGUCGGGACUAUAUCUUGUGGAAGUAUGAAAUAAUAUGAAUAAAUGCAUAAAAAUAACGUUUUUAAUGAAAAUACAGUACCAUUCAAAAGUUUGGACACACCUACUCAUUCAAGGGUGUUUCUUUAUUUUUUACUAUUUUCUACAUUGUAGAAUAAUAGUGAAGACAUCAAAACUAUGAAAUAACACAUGGAAUCAUGUAGUAACCAAAAAAGUGUUAAACAAAUAUAUUUGAGAUUCUUCAAAGUAGCCACCCUUUGCCUUGAUGACAGCUUUGCACACUCUUGGCAUUCUUUCAACCAGCUUCACGUGGAAUGCUUUUCCAACAGUCUUGAAGGAGUUCCCACAUAUGCUGAGCGCUUGUUGGCUGCUUUUCCUUCACUCUGUGGUCCAACUCAUCUCAAACCAUCUCAAUUGGGUCGAGGUCGGGUGAUUGUGGAGGCCAGGUCAUCUGGCCUGAUUGUGGAGGCGAGUUCCUCCACUCCCAGAUCGACAAAGCCGAGGUGAACACGGGAGCGCGGCUGCCCAGCGAGUAUGCCCUGGUCCCCUUCGAGAGCUUCACCUCUAGUAAAGUGUAUCAGCUGGAGAUGGGGCUGACCAGGCACCCAGAGGAGAAGCCUGUGCGGAAGGACCGCAGGGACGAGCUGGUGGAGGUCAUCGAGGCGGCCCUGGACGUCAUAAACAACCCUGACGAGGAGGAUGGCCAGGAGGAUGAUGUGCCCAUGCAGAGGCAGACUUACACUGAGAGCCACUUUACUGAGGGGCUAUACAGAACAGAACGGGACAAAGGCACACUCUACGAGCUCUUCUUUGCAAAAGAGGACUCCGACAAUGUCCGCCACGUUACUCUUUUCCGUCCAUUCGGUCCUUUAAUGAAAGUCAGGAGCACGUCUGUAGAAACGUCCGGAGUCAUCAUCAAUAUCAUUGUGCCUUUGGCGGGCAGAACAGAUGCAUUCUCACAGUUCCUACACAACUUCAGGGAAGUUUGCAUAAAACACGAUAGGGGAGUGCAUCUUACGGUGGUCUACUUUGGACAAGAGGGCUUACAAGAGGUGAAGUCUUAUUUGGAAGAAAUGUCCAGGGAGGAGAGCUUUUCCAACUACACCCUUAUCCCAGUGGACGAGGAGUUUUCCAGGGGCAGGGGUCUGGACAUCGGAGCCCGCUCCUGGAAGAAGGGUGACGUAUUGAUGUUCUUCUGUGAUGUGGAUAUCUACUUCACACUGGACUAUCUCAACAACUGCCUUCUUCACACCACUCCAAACAAGAGAGUCUUUUAUCCGGUGGUUUUCAGUUUGUAUAAUCCUGCCAUAGUCUAUGGAAAUCUGGAGCUGGCUCCCCCCAUUGAAAGUCAACUUAUUCACAAGAAAGAUGCUGGAUUCUGGAGAGAUUUUGGCUUUGGAAUGACUUGUCAGUACCGCUCGGACUACCUCAAUAUAGGAGGUUUUGACCUGGAAGUGAAAGGUUGGGGUGUGGAAGAUGUCCACUUGUACAGGAAGUACCUGCGGAGCGACCUGAUCGUGACGCGUACGCCAGUAUCCGGCCUCUUCCACCUGUGGCACGAGAAGCAGUGUGCAGACGAGCUGACUCCAGAACAGUAUCGCAUGUGCAUCCAGUCCAAAGCCAUGAAUGAGGCGUCCCACUCUCACCUGGGCAUACUGGUGUUCCGUGAGGAGAUCGAGAAUCACCUCCGCAAGCAGGCCUAUAAGACCCAGGGCAAAACUGAAGACUAAAUUAUGCCUUUUCGCUAGGCGGCCAUCUUAGGUACUCUCUGCAUCAGAACUCCUCGCUUUUUUAAAAGAAACAAAUACAAGAACUGAGGUCCUCUGUAGCUCAGCUGGUAGAGCACGGCGCUUGUAACGCCAAGGUAGUGGGUUCGAUCCCCGGGACCACCCAUACACAAAAAUGUAUGCAUGCAUGACCGUAAGUCGCUUUGGAUAAAAGCGUCUGCUAAAUGGCAUAUUAUAUUAUAUUAUUAUCUGAUGCAGCACUCCAUCACUCUCCUUCUUGGUCAAAUAGCCCUUACACAGCUUGGAGGUGUGUUUUGGAUCAUUGUCCUGUUGAAAAACAAAUGAUAGUCCCACUAAGCACAAACCAGAUGGGAUGGCGUAUCGCUGUGGUAGCCAUGCUGGUUAAGGGUACCUUGAAUUCGAAAUAAAUCACAGACAGUGUCACCAGCAAAGCACCAUCACACCUCCUCCUCCAUGCUUCACGGUGGGAACCACAUGUGGAGAUGAUCCGUUCACCGACUCUGCAUCUCACACGGCGGUUGGAACCAAAAAUCUCCAAUUUGGACUCAUCAGACCAAAGGACAGAUUUCCACCGGUCUAAUGUCCAUUGCUCGUGUUUCCUGGCCCAUGCAAGUCUCUUCUUCUUAUUGGUGUCCUUUAGUCGUGGUUUCUUUGCAGAAAUUCGACCAUGAAGGCCUGAUUCACGCAGUCUCCUCUGAACAGUUGAUGUUUAGAUGUGUCUGUUACUUGAACUCUGUGAAGCAUUUAUUUGGGCUGCAAUUUCUGAGGCUGGUAACUCUAAUGAACUUAUCAUCUGCAGCAUAGGUGACUCUGGGUCUUCCUUUCCUGUGGCAGUCCUCAUGAAAGCCAAUUUCAUCAUAGCGCUUGAUGGUUUUUUGACUGACCUUCAUGUCUUAAAGUAAUGAUGGACUGUCGUUUUCUCUUUGCUUAUUUGAGCUGUUCUUGCCAUAAUAUGGACUUGGUCUUUUACCAAAUAGUGUUAUCUUCUGUAUACCAACCCUACCUUGUCACAACACAACUGAUUGGCUCAAAUGCAUUAAGAUGGAAAGAAAUUCCACAAAUUAACUUAAGAAGGCACACCUGUUAAUUGAAAUGCAUUCCAGGUGACUACCUCAUGAAUCUGGUUGAGAGAAUGCCAACAGUGUGCACAGCUGUCAUCAAGGCAAAGGGUGGCUACUUUGAAGUAUCUCAAAUAUAAAAUAUAUUUUCAUUUGUUUAACACUUGUUUUGUUAUUACAUGAUUCCAGAUGUGUUAUUUCAUAGUUUUGAUGCCUUCACUAUUAUUCUACAAUGUAGAAAUUAGUAAAAAUACAGAAAAACCCUGGAAUGAGUAGGUGUGUCCAAACUUUUGACUGGUACUGUAUGUCAAUCAUUAUUUGAAUAUAUUGGUAACCCGUUGUAUAAAAGUGAUAAUGCCCUCAAAGCCGGUGUUUGGAGGAUAUAUUGGCACAGUUUGCCUGCCCUCCAAGGGCCUAACAACUCCUGUGCCAAUAUAUCCUUCAAACCGGCUUCUCUGGCAUUAUCACUUAAAUAACACCUGUGUGUGUUUCCUUAAUUCAUGCUGUAUCAUUUGGAGCAAUGGUAAAUGUCUCUCCAAACAUCCAUCACUGGAUUUUAAACACUCUUAUUUCACUCAUGCAUUAAAGCUAGCCAUUAUAUUUUUGUCUAGUAUGUUGAUAUUUGUUAUAAAAGCCUCUUGUAUAGCAUGUUACACAAAAAAAAAAAAAAAAAAAUGUAUGCACGCAUGACUGUAAGUCGCUUUGGAUAAAAGCGUCUGCUAAAUGGCAUAUUAUUAUUAUUAUUAUUAUGUUGACAAUGUCUCUGUUCUUGUCUCCUCCAGGUCGCCAGGUACCCCACAGCGGAGCUAAGUGUUCAGCUAUUGACGUGUUAUCACUAGGUGCCUCCUCCCUCUGCUCUGCUACUACAGUCACUACAGUGUUCCAACAGCCCAUCAUGGCCCCUACAGGCGCCCCCGACCCCAACAACCACCCCAUGGCCAAGAGACUGCAACAACAAGAGGUGGAGGAGGUAGUUACUGAUUUAACUUUGAUCAUUUUAUAUUAGAUAGGGAAGAACAUACAGUAUGCAGUGCACAUCCAAUGGCUUUGAGUUUGUUUCCCUGGUUUGUCUCCAUUGUGUCAAACAAGUCUCAGUCUACAUACAGUACAACAAAACAAAAGAUUUCAUUCCAACUGAUCAAGGAUAAACACACAAUCGAACGUUUAAGAACGUUUAAAACAAAUUCCACAUGGGAUCACCAAGAUGGUGAGGCAAUAACUUGUUUUCUAAAUGUUUAUAAUGUUGUUCAGGUGGAUGUUGAGAAGAAGGAGUCAGACGAAGAGCCCAUGGAGAUGGUUGUGGAGAAACCAGAGGAGACGGACCCAGAGUCAGACCCUCUAGCAGAGGCUGCAACUGAGACCAAGAGCAGCCUGGUCCUCAUAGACAAGAUGGCAGAGGAUCUGAAGCCCAUGGACACAGACAGGGAGGUCCUGGUUCCUGAGUCCAAGUCUCCAGAGGAGGACAUUGACAUGGCCCCCAUGCAGACAGACGAACAGCUCAAACAGGUAAGUUGUUUGUGUGUGUGUCUGACCUGGGUUCAAAUACAUGUGUAUUUUGUUAUUUGUUAUUUAAAUACUUAUGUUCUGUGUAUUUUAGUAUUUUAAAAUAAUGCAGCCUUACUUCUAUUGGAAGUAUUUGAAAGUACUUUCAAAACAGUUCCUACAAAUAGCUUAGUAUUUGAAACUAUUUUCAAAUACUUUUUUCCAAACAUUAUUUCAAAUACCAGACCUGGGUACAAAUGCAUGGGAGUAUUUACAUAUUUGUAUUUGAAAAUACACUUCUCUGUGUAUUUCAGUAUCUUCAAAUACAUGCCAAGUGUAUUCCAAUAUUCAACUACUUGUAUUUUCAAACAAAAAAUAUACAAAUUCUUACUUUCAAAUGUCUUUUGAGAGUAAUUGAAAUACCUUAAAUAGUGUGUGUGUGUGUGUGUGUCCGUGACUCAGAUUAUCCAAAGUGAUUUACAAUUAAGUGACUUAUGUUUAAACAAUUACUUUUAUUUGUCUUUCAGGAUGUCUUUGUGCCUGGUCCCAAUGAGAAGGCAUUGUACACGGCAGAGCCUCUCUCUCUGGAGGACCUGACCCUACUAGCUGAGCUCUUCUACCUGCCCUAUGAAUACGGACCCAAGGCCCUGCACAUGCUCAAGGAGUUCAACUGGCUACGGGCCAAUAGCAGCACCGUCAGCGUCAACUGCGAGGGCAAGGAGCCAGAGAAG